CUGAAAGUGGAUUGGACCAAUGUGUUACCUGCCAUCGAGGAAAUGCUUUACGUUUACUAAGAGAAGCAGUAUUGAAUAUCAAUCCUGAAAACACCGAUGCCUUAGUCGCCAGUGCACUUAUUUUAAUUAUGGACUCUCUUGCCAAUGCAUCAUUCCCUUCGUCAACUUCACCUAUAUCACUUCCUGCAUCAGCAUGGAUCUUUCAUGUCAAGGGGGCGGCCACUAUUUUAACUGCAGUAUGGCCAUUAACUGAAGCUCUGAGAUUUUAUAAAUUCAUCCUGGUUGAUUUGGGAGAUUUAGGAGAUAUAAUUAAUCAACGAGUUAAUCUUGGUAAAAAGGCAAGAAAUGGCAGUGGCGAUUCCGAACAGCAACAACAGCGAUUCUAUACUGAUUUGGAGUGUCAUGAUAGUGACAUUGCUGAUUUGUACCCCGUGGAAAUUGAUUCUCCAUACUUAAUGACAUUGGCAUAUUUGAAUAAGCUUCACAAGGAACGGUACAAAUCUGAUUUCAUUUUACGAAUAUUUGCAUUCCCGGCAUUAUUAGAUAAGGUAUUUCUUACAUUGUUAAUGUCGGGUGAUGUUAAAGCCAUGAGGAUUAUGAGAUCAUAUUAUAAGCUUCUUCGAGCAUUCACGACGGAAAUGAAGGAUAAAGUAUGGUUCCUUGAAGGUGUUUCCCAAGUACUUCCUGUGAAUGUUGAAGAAUAUGCUGGUGGUGCCGGUGGUAUCAAUAUGAUGUUGGAUUUCCUUGGUGGAGGUCCAGCCAUGGUCGAGGAUGAGUUGGAAGACCUGAUUGUGGAGUUUGAUGCUGCGGGUAAUUUGAACCAAAAGUUACCCGAUAUGAAUGGGAUGCCUAGUGAGAUUACUAGUGGGAUGGAGGUGAUGCAGGGUGAUAAUGGGUUUAUGAAUAUUCGGUAGAUUUUUUAAUUCAGUUGGUUGUAUUUUAUGUAUAUAUGUAAUAUUGAGAUAAUUUAAGAAAACUAAUAUUUAGAAACUGUGCAGAGAGAUGGCUUGGAAAUUCCUGGAAUGUGUGGCAGUGUCGGAACUUUUCUGGGAUUAGAGUAGAACAGCUUGGGUAGAAACAAAUAUACUUGUAAAUAACUACAUGUUGUAUGAGCAACUCGGUGGUUAAUCAGGAAAUCAUAUUCCCAAAGUCGGAAAUUUUCUUGGGUCAAGCUUGGUAUCGCGUGCUAUUUGUGUUUUUGACCAAUGAGGCGGCAUAAAAUUGUAGCACCAUAGCCUUUUAGCAAAGACAACCAUUUAUAGUCAGUUCUUAUGUCACAUCAAUUGGGAGACUUCCACAUGCUAAAAUAAGCUAGGUAAGCCACUGUGAUUAGCUC